UAAGGAGGAGCAGCACAAUGAUGGUGCAAUGGAUGAAACGGAGCUGCUGUUGAUGGAGUUUUGCUCCUGGGAGGACUUCUGCACCUUUUUCGAUGAUUGGUGUGAGAAGAGGAAAGCUCUCUUCUUUCUUCGGUAUUCCAUCCCAAUAAACAAGUGUAAAUGGGCCAAUGAGAGUCUCCAGUGGGAAAUGGUGGAAGCUCUGAAGUUCAGCUCGGCCCGCCUAUUCUGCAAAAAUGUCCAUGUAUCCAACAAGAAGGAAAUCAUAGCACCUAAAGAAAGAAAGGAGCAUUGUGCAUCUGAUGAAGAAGAUUCAAGAGAUCAGCAGGGUUGUAGCGCCUACAUAUUCCUAAAGCUGAGUGAGAGGAAGAACAGACUUUGCAUCACUAAGUGCCAGUUACAACACAACCACCCAUUAUGCCCUAUCGAGUUUGACUACUACUUCAAAAGAGGGCUUCUGUUGGCGAACUGCUGUCUCCCUACACGCAUCACCAACAAGAUCUCCAAGCAGUUUGUGGGAUCUCUGGAUAUUAAACACCUUUUGUCCAAUUGCAAAACUAAGGAUAACGGGAUCAUGGACACACUUAAUUCACUGGACAGUCUUUUUUCUAUUGACCUAGAUGCAAAAGUGAAAUUAAUAUUUUUAGAGGAUCAGGUCAUCAUCAAGAUGGUAUUUCUGGUCACUACAGAGAUGGUGUCUUCGUGCCAGCAUUUCCCCACAGUACUAUUUUUUAACAAGGUCUUGAGGGUCAAUGAAGAUUUUGACUUGUUUAGUUUCGUUUGUGCAGAUCAGAAUGCACAAGGUAAAGACUGUGCUUAUAUAAUAGUUAGGAAAGAAACGACUAAUGUUUUACGCUUUGCUUCAGUCUCACUCGUGCAAAGUGUCCCCAAUAUUAAAUUCAGGGUACGAUGUGUAGCAGUUGGGGUUGAUAUUGGGGAGAAGGAAGUGGUGAAAGAAAUAUUUCCUCACGCUACAGUUCAGAUCUUACGUUCUCAAGUUCUCCCGACCUUGCAUUGUAAGGCCCUGGAAAUGGGGGUUACAGAGGAGGCAAAACUUUUGGCUCUCUUUUCUCGUAUAGUUUCUUCUAAAAGUCCUGAAGACUACAAUAAAACAGUCAGAAGCUUGGGUCUCUAUUGUUCAGAUAGCUUUGUAAAAUACUUCAUGGAUCAGUGGCAUACAUGCCGUGAAAUGUGGGUUGAUAUUUGGGCCUUCAAUUUUGCACGAAUAGAUACGUCCGAGAUUGUGUUUCAGCAUAACCAAAAGAUGAGUGACCUCUUGGGUUCUAAUGCAACGGUGGCUGAAUGCAUUCAGCAUCUCGUAACAACAAUUUCUGUCAAGACAGAACAACAGAGAAAGGAAAAGGAAAUCGCUUCCCGGUACAAAUCGGUGUGCACACCGGACGAGGCAAGUAUGAUCGAAGAAGAGCUUAGUUUUUUAAGGGACUGCAAAUACCACAUCAAACAAACUUCUAAGGGCUUCUUGCUCUUUGAUGGUGUGUCGGAAUUUUUUAUGGAUCUGAGUCUUGUGACUUGUAGCUGUACAAUCCACAACUCUAGUCUUCUGCCCUGCCGCCAUAUAUUUGCCACACGACUACGGAAUGGAGAAGAAUUGUUUGAUUUAAAAUUGUUAUCAAAAAGCCGCCCUUAA